GUACAUUCUCUUUGGAAAUGUUGGAUCAUGUUUUUGUUUGUGUUGAGCGAAGAAGCCUCAAGUUGUGGUCCAAAUUGAUGAUUUUCGGGACAUAAUGUUGUGAUCAAUUCGGUGAUUAUAGCCCGGUAUGAGCUGGAGGUAGCUGCUCUAACCCAAUGUAGAUCCUUAGAUGCUGAAUCUCAUGGCUUUCUCCUAACUGUAACUCACAGUAGCAUAGAGACUCUUUAACCCACUCUCGAGCACGUAGUCAAACUAUCAUUGUAACAUGUGCGCUUGUCGUGUAGAGGCAUCGCCCUCGCCAUCACCGACGACCCCUAUAGACUUGGAUGAUUAUUACCAGUACCUUGACAUGGAGCAGCAACAACAACAGCAGGCAGCCCCAAGGUCGGACCCCGGUAGCGAAACCGAGGACGUGUACGCCCAGCUUGCCCAGAAGGAAAAAGACCUCAUCCUUGCAGCGGAACUUGGCAAGGCACUCUUGGAUAAGAAUGACGAACUUCAGCGGCGGAAUGAACAACUUUUGGAGGAAUAUCAAGCUAAAUUGGAGGAGCUUCAACAAGAAAAAUAUGGCCUACGUUUACGAGUUGAAACCGUAGAAGGUGAAUACGAAAAUACGGUCAAGGAGCUCCAAACCGACAUCGCCCUUUUGCGGAAACAAUACGACGAUCAAGAAAUGAGUACACGAAUGGCUGACCGGGAACGACAUCAAAUGGUGCAAGAACUCACCAAACAAAAUGAAAGGCUCACCGAGGAGCUUAAAAAGACGACCCAUGAGGAAGAAGAGUUAGGUACAGAAGUGAAGCGGUUGCGAGACCAGAUGAAAACACGGCGGACGUCCAUGCACCAGCAUGUCAACCAACUGGAGGUUCUCCGUGAAGAGAUAACGGUCCUCUCUGAGAGAAAAAACGAUCUUGAAAAACGCAUGACGCACAUCAUUGAAGAACGAGACUCUCUGGCGUGCAACUUGGAGGAAUCUCAAGAUAGGAUCAUGAUGUUAGAGAAACAGAAACGAGAACAGGACCAACAGCUUCGAUCAAAAGAAAGAGAGUUGGAAGAACUACGUGAAUCUAAUUCAGCGCUGGAAGACAAGUUGGAAGAGAUGUCACUUCAUGCAUCGAAUCAUUCGUUCAGCCAUAACAACUCACUGUUCAGUGAGCUAGAGAUGUCCCAUAACAUGGAAGGAACAGACGUUGAGAUGGGGUCAAGGUCAAGCGGACAUUCGAGUGCUAAACUAGGCAGCCACCCGAUCUCACCCCACUUCCAAGACAUGGAAGACGAUAUCGAAUGUGAUGAUGACGACUACACCAUGCAGGCAAUGGCAUCGGGAGGUGGCGACAUGCAACUCUUCUCAAGGUUUCAGAGCCAGCAUGAUGACGAAGAUUACCAGCUCCGUGAAGAAGUUAUUCAGGCCUACCGCCAGGUCCGGCAUUUAUUACGCACGGUCCGUGGAAGUCGUGCGGACGGUGAUUCUAGUCCCAUUGAUGAAGCAUUUGUAGAGUUUGAACGAGGCAGUCUCAUCACUCUCCUCAGUGAUCUGAGGUGUUUGAUCGAGGAUAUGAUGCAGAAACAAGCUCUUUUUCAAAGUCCAUCCUACAUCAAUGACCUCACAAGUAAAAUCGAUUCCCUCCAAAGUGAAGUGUCCUGUGCCCAGACUCAACUUGAGUCAGUCAAAUCGACAGUGAAAGUGAAAGACACAGAACUAAAGAGGAAGACAGAUGAAAUUACUGAGCUUACUAACAAGCUUACAAUUCAAGAGCUGACAUUGCAGCAGCAUGAACUAAACCACAUCCAGAAAGAGAGGGAUGAUUACCAGGACCAGGCAGAUGACCUUACCAGAGAUGAGAUUGUAGAACGGGCCAGAAAGGACAGGGAUGAAGCCAUAGCCAAACGCAAUGCCAUGGAAGUAGAUCUCGCCAAAUCAAAGUUAGAUCUGAUGAACCUUGACCAGCAGUUGAUGGACGCCAUACAACAGAAGAUCGAGUUAUCACAACAGCUUGAACAAUGGGAGUUGGACAUGCAGGCACUGAUUGAGAUUCAAAUGCAGAAGCGAUUCAAUGUCGAAAUGGAGGACAAGACGGAGGAACCCAAGAAAUUUCAUGGAAUGUACCCGGAAAGUUACUCGUAACAAAUGCAAAUAACUGUUCACAGCCUUGUAAGAUCAUACUUGGAAACCUAAACAACCACAGAAAUGUAGGUAACUGCAAAUAUUUUGCAACAGAAUGCCGACUCGGGCGAUCGUAUCUCAAUACUCUGGUGUUUUAAGAUGGAAGGUAACUUCUUGAUCUUGAGAAGUAUUUUGACAGCUUCAAGUUGAGCGAAAUAUCACUCGCUUUCGAGGGUCAUACUCCCUGAUAUGAUUAGAUGGCAUAUUCUUGAUCACACUCAACCUGGUAAACUGAUUCUGGCAAGAUUCAUUGUAUCCCACCUGUAUACAAUUUACACGUAAAUGUAGUUCCCACCUAACAUUUAUGAGUCGUAGGUGCUGAUGGACCUAUUUUGCCUCCUGAACAACCUAGUGAUUUUCAUAGAUAUUUACAUGUAGACCAGAAUCAGGACAUUUGCAUCACCCUAACAACCUUCAAUUAAGUUCAACUCGGCACAAGCCCCUGUCAUUCCAUUCAUAUACCCAAACACAUCACUUCUGUACAAUUCUAGUCAUUUUAUACUAAAUGUACAUAAUGGAUACUGAUGUGUUUGAAAUUGGCCCAGUUGCUCAAUCAGGGUUUGAGGCAAACACCAGUGUUGGCUCAAUUGAGCAUUAUCUCUUGUAGUAAAAUAUCAUUUAAAUUAGUAGCGUUGGCUAGUGUAUCUGCUAACACUGAUUGAGCAACUGGGCCCAGAUCUCGGACUCGAUUGAGCAUCAAAUGGUUUUUGAUUGAGAUGGAAUUAUGAUUGGUGCUAAAGAAGAUUGUAUAUACAUUGUAAUCAAGAAUGUAUCAUAAACUGUAAUCACACGAUGAAAUACUUCAAGUAUUUUACAAAUGAUCAAUAUUUUUUUAGUGUACUUAGUUGUCACAACUCAAUGAUGCUCAAGGUUUUUGUUUGAACCUGUCACCCCGUGAAGGAGUGUUCUUAAACUGUUCAUAGAUUGUGACAGUGCAACCGUUAUAAGCAAUGGGGUGAUCAGAAUAUUUCCAUUUGAUGCUCAAUGUCAGGAGUUCUGAACUUGGUAAUGUGAAUGAUGACAUUGAAGGGUUGGCUUAGGAAUUUCACUUUAACUUGAGCAUUGAGUCUAAGACGCGGUCUGUUCUGUUGAGUGCUUGGAGAUAUAUCAAAGAUGUUACUCUUGAUGUUUUUCUAGUGCUGGCUGUACAGCACUGCCAGAUCUGUCUCGGACUGUUAUGCCAUGCCGAAAACAGUUUUAUAAUCUUCGUGAAGCUAUGGUUUGAAAAGCAUUCAUCCCUUGAUAUCACUAAUUCACAAACAGUCUUCUCACUCUUCGGCCCUUUUUUACAGUCAGCUAUGUGUUAUUGUUGAAAUGAAUAAUUAUUUUACUAGUUUACGUUUCGAAAAAGCUGAGUGUUUUCGACUUAAUUUCUUUCAUGAGAAGACUGCUAUUGUGAAUAAUUUCAUGUUAAACAUAGUUGAAUUUGUACAUUUCUGAUAUGCACACCAGAAAGUUGUGAAUGUUAACCCUUGAAAGGCCAUGAUAUGUGUUACACGCAGUAAAGAGCAACAUACUGCAAGAAUGCUGUUUGUGUAUGACUGAGUUCAAUACAUGCUUCCCGAAAUUGGUGGCUUGCAUUGGAACUAACUUUUCCCCCUUGUCCGUCAUUAAAGGCAUUUAAGUGUGUUGGUCAACCAUGACUAUCUCCUUUGUCCCUCCACCAUAAGGCCUAGUUUCCCCUUAUGACAUCACUAUUUCGGACACUCAGCGCCCCAUUUUUGGAAAGGUGUAUAGAGUAGGAAAUUUCUACCGUGUAUUCAAGUGUUCAGGUUUCCAAGUAUGACAAUAUUUUCUGCACCCCUUGCCUUAUUGCUGAUUUAUGCAGUUACCUUAAAUGAGCAUCGAAGGUAUUGAACGCCAGAAGGUGAAAGAUUGGUAACCAUACCAUGUUAUAGGGUAGAUAAAUUGGUACAUGUGAAAAUGUAUUUGAAUUCUGGAAGUUGUCUGAUAGUUGAAAUAAGAAAACCCAAUACCAGCCGGUAAGCUUACAAGGUGGUUCAAUUUAGUUGGUCACUGUACAUUAGUUCACACAUUGUGCAUUCAGAUGUACAUAAAUCCAGCUCUAACUUAUUGUGAGGUGCCAUAUGCAUGUAGGAAUUUAGUGCUACGAUUCCAAAUUCGCAAAAGUCAAUUGAGAGUCAAGUCAAGCAAUUUCCUGUUACAUGUUUUAGAUUCACUUUAAAACAUUUCGUAUCACAAUAGAAGCCUUGCCAAGUAUUCACGUUGGUGAAAUGAGCAUUUUGGUAGUGUCUUACACCCCUUGCAGAUCAAAAUGAAAGAAAUCGUCUUGGAGUUUCUCGAUAGUCAUCCUGCAAUGACAAUCUUUUUCAAAGGAUGAGCUCAUCACAGAGAAAUCUUCGCUAUUGCAUUUCGUGUUGUUUUGUUUGAAACUGGUACCAACAAGGAGUUUUCAUCCUGUAAACACCCAAAUUUUCACACCUAUAUAAUUUUGUGAAACAUUGGUUUUUCAAUCAAAAAAUAUUUGUGCAAUUUUUAGGUUCGAGGUUACUUGCAAAAACGCCUACGAAAAUUUGGUAGUUAACAGUAAAAACUGAUGCCUUAAUUUGUAUAUAUUAGCAAAGUGAAUUGGAUUUCCUAACUGGUCUCUUUUAUCUAUGUUGGUUGUUUAUCAGUGAUCUGUUCCUGCUCCCUGUACAUUUCGUAUGCAGCUCAGUGCAUGACAUCUUUUUUGCUCAAGCUUUCGAAAGAGGUGAGGAAUUCGACAUGUGAAAGUGCACUUACAAAUGUAAGAUAAAGGUGUCAGUUGAGCCUGCCUGAUUUUUCCUCGUCUCGUCCUUGAAGAUAAGUUGACCCAAUGAAUUGGUUCGCCUUAAACAGCUUAAAAGCCUGUGUGGUACGGGCAACAUUCCAACCCGAGGAAAAAGUACUGUUUGGUAUUUUUUCAAACGUUGAGGAAAAAUUUGCAUUUAUUCCUUGAUGAUCUCAUUAUUUUAUUAUUUAUAGGAACUUAUUUACACAUUCCGCGAGAUGUGUAGCUGUGUCUUAUCAUUAUCAUAUGCUAAAAUCUCACAUAUGUUGCAGUUUAUUUGAAUCUGUUGCCUCAAAAUAAACAUAUCAAUUUUCUGGUAAAAUAGGGCUCAAGGUCACGUCAAUAGAGAUAAUAUUUUUGCUUAUUUCUUGUUUACAGUUCUAUCAUUCCAAUCAAAAUAUUUGUGCUGUUUACUCAUUAUCACUGUCAGGAGUCAACGGGAGUAACUUGAUUCUUAAAAUUUUGAAUAUUUUUCUCUUCAAAUUCCUGGCAUUGCCUUUGGCAGUUUUAUUUGUCAUGUUCUAAUGUUAAUAUUUGAUAUCACCGUUCAUCAUGGUAAAAACAUUGGAACCAGUGCUGCACUUACUUGUGGUGUUUCUUUCGUACUAAACUGUCGUGUUUUGUCCCGACAAAAUAUUAUUAGUGCCUGCUAUAUGCGUAUACUUCUGGGUUCAAAACUUCUGUUUCUAUUCCUUUAAAUGAAUUAUCUAUCUACUGAUUUAUUGCAAUAUUGACCUAAUCUAAUCAUGAUCAAAUUUAAUCGAAUUUAUUUAAAUAGCAAAAGACUGCUGGCAUUAUUCAUAUGCUACAGUUGUUUUAUUAAAAUGCACCAUAAUGGAAUUUUUUGCACUUCUUGAGUAUUAAAUUGUUUACACACAAAGUACAGCCUUUAGCUGUAAAGAGAGUAAUUUAUUUCAGAGUUGAAAAAUCAAGAAAUGUUUGGGCAUUCUCUAAAAUAUUUUUCUGUGUUUUUUUUUUUUGAUCACUCUUUUAAAACCUAGUCUGUAGCUAGUUACUGAAUUAUAUUGAAGUCGAACCCAGAUAUAAAUUUCUGUUCCACUGAAAUUCGUUAUGCCAUUGGUUACAUUGGAUAUUCCGAAGUUCUUUUUGUGCCUUAUGUAUUUGAAAUUAAUGGUCAAAAAAGUGUGUUCUGCUACUCUAGAAAGUGAAAUGAAGCAUGGACUGAGGGAUGUCUUACUGACAGAGCUAAGAAAAGAUAUAUGGCAUUUGUUAUUUCCAUAACAUGUCGGACAAAUCCUCUCCUUGUUGUGUGUUGAUCAUAGUAUUCACGGUCUCCAUUUUCUGCUGAUUUCAGAAAGGGAUUUGAGAUUAAGGAAACUAACGUCCACGUUUACUAAAAUCCUGUAAUAUGCACUCCUGAGUUUACCCAUAAUCAUUCCGUCGCUUAAUAUUUAUUUUCCAAAAUGUGCAAACAAGUGCCAUUCCAUCCAGGUUUUGUGGUAAAAAAGUCCAUUCCAAUUUGAGCAGGACAGCUGUGUAUUGCGUUGUGUCAAGUAAUCGUUAAAGGGACUAUUAACCCUUGUGAUGUGCAAAUCAGAGUCCCUUUAAAUUUGUGUUUUGUUGUCAUGUUUUUUCUCAAGAAAGUUUCAACUUUGAGAACUUUGACUUCAUGUACAUGUUACCCUGCUGUUCUGCUCCGUUUUCAUCUUACUUUGUCUAAAAUUUGCUUUAGUGCUUGUGCUUGGUAGUGCUUUACGAUAGAAGUCAGUGAUUCUGGCAAGCAAUACCCUUAAAAUCUAGGAACGCUUUUAAUUAAUUGGUGUUCUAGUAAUAGAAGAGGUUUGGCAGUUGAAAAAAAAAUUGAAUCCGAAAUUAAAUUGGGGCAAAUUAAUGUAAAUUGUGAUUGAAAUAAUGUGGAUGGGACAUAGUGUGUAAAUUACUUUGGCACACCUCUGUCAGAGAAGGUCUAAAAACAAUAUUUCUCGCUAAAGUGCCAUAUAUUUCGCUAUGAACCAAGGGAAUGGUGCUGACCUUCAUUAACCUUGUCUUUGAGUGUUGAUUUCUGUUGUAAGAUGUAUGAUUGUGAAUUUAGCUAGAGUCCUUCUCAAAGAGUGCAAUACAUUUAGAGAUGAAUCUCUUGUAUUGUUUCAGAGACAGCAUUCAAAUCUGCUGGGGAGAAAAAUACCUGUGUACCACUAUUUUCAACUUUACAUACAUGUUGCUCACUACGUCUUGAUACUGUACAUGGAGACAGACUACACAUGUACCUGUGAUAUACAUAAAUGCAUUUAAAAUGUGCAUUGUACAUCAUGUACAAAGGCUGCUUUAUGUCCAUACAGAGUUGUGUUUUUUUCCUGUACAUAUCUCUUCUUAUUUAUCUCGUCUUGUCUGUCUGUAUAUUUCUUUUCACUGCCGAUCUUGUGUUCAACCGUUCUUGACAUUAUGUAAAACAAGAAACAAAAUGAAGACAAACCCAGUACCAGCAAUGUACAGGUUGGUCCUGAAAAUAAACCCAGUCUGAAGCAAUUGAUAAAGAAUGAGAGGCCCAGAAACACUGGGUAGAAUGGGUCUCAGUGGUCAGCUACUUUGACAGCUGUAGCUCAAAGUUGCUCAAAUGCUCCUUAACUUCAAUUUAUUUUGUUUCUAGUUUUACACAGGUACAUAUAUCAGGUGUUUUUCUCCCCAUUAGCUUAAAUGUCAUUUUAUAGAAAAUGGACCAGGAUCCUCACUUUCAUCCUUGUAUUCCUCAGAUAUGACAGCUGCCAGGCUUGUAUGCUCAGCUUAGACAGCUGAUGUGAUGUAGAUGCAUGCUUAACCGUUUAUGUAGAAUAUAUGUGAUCACUGUUAUCUGUA